AUGCGCCAGCAGCCCUGGUGCCGCCCGCGCCUCGACUCCUACAGCCUCGCCAUUCAGAUCGCCGCCCACUCCCGCAUGUGGGGACGAAGCGAGGCGCUGUUCGAGGAGAUGCAGGCAGACGGCGUGCGGCCGGACUCGUUUGUCUUUUCUGUGAUGGUGCGCGUGCUGGCGCAGCAGGGGCGGUGGGAGGAUGCAAUCGGAUUGGUGGAGAGACGGGCGGCAGCAGACGACCCGGAGCUCAUGUCAUUGGUCAAGGUACUGCUUUACUGCAUGGCCUGCUCGCCGCAUGCCGCCUCCCUCACAGCAGCCCUCCUCUCCUCACUCUCUUCCCUCCCUUCCUCCUCCUCUCCCUCCCCCUCCUCCCCCCCCUCCUCAACCCCUUUCUCGCUGGACCACGAGUCAUACCGAGUGCUCCUCCGUUCCUUCUACUCCCACAACCACCUCCCGCUCAUCCCACCAACCGUAACCAGCAUGAUUCAAGCAGGAUAUACUCUCAGCCAAUGGAAUGCUGCCAUGUGGCUCGAGGCCCUUGCUGCCCAGGGCGACGUGGCAGGGAUCCGGGCAGCUGUUGGGGAAAUUUUGGCGCUCGGGCUGUCCGAGCCAGAAAGUUUUCGCAUGGCGAUGGUUCUGGGGUUUGCAAGAGCUGGAGAGAUGGACCGAGCUUGGAGCGUUUUUGUCGGGGAGGAGAGUGAGGGAGCAAGUGAGGGAGUGAGUGAGGGUGUGAGUAAGGAAGAGGGAGUGACUGGCAUGCAAAGAGAAACUGGGGGAGGAGUGGAGGAGGAGAGUGGGAGAGUGGGUCUGGGAGUGAGUUUUGAGGCGCCUCAAAAGAGAUGUGAUUACAAGGGGGGAGGCAAGGGAGAGGUGACUAAGAGGGGCGUGGAGGAGAGCAAGAGGGGCGUGGAGCCGAGCCUGUAUGUGGCGGUGGUGGAGGCGAUGGUGGGGGCGGGGCGCAUGGAGCAGGCAGAGGCGGUGUGUGCAGAGUAUGGGCGGGCGCACUUGGUCAAGGUGCAAGGCUUCAAGUAUGGGCGCCCCUACACGGUCCUUCUCUCCGCCUACCUCCUGUCCAGCAAUCUCUCGUCCUUUUCCCGCGUGUGGGCGGCAAUGCGGGCGGGUGGCCGCCCGGCGGACAGCUAUGCACUUCGUCUGCUAGCCAAGGCCUGCGCGUCUGAGGGCGGGCUCAGGGGACUGGCUGUGAUGCUGUGGGCGGCAAGGGAGGGGUGGGAGAGGGCGGCGGGAGAGAGUGUGGGAGAGAGCGUGGUAGGGAGUGGGGGAGUGGAUGGGCAAAUAUGGGAUGCUGCAGGGGCGACUCGUGAAGCAAGUGUAGCAGUGCCAGAAAGCAGCGUGACAGGUGAAGUAGGUGCAACCAGGGAUACAGGAGCAGCAGGGGCAGGAGCAGCAGGUGCAGCCAUUGCAGGUGUAACAAAACCGUUGCCAGAGCUGAUAAACCUGGUAGAGGUGUCCCCAGAGGAGGUGGAGGCAGCAGAGAGGCAGUUCCAGGUGCUAGCGGCGUCUGUUGAUGAGGCAGUGAGUGGGGAGAAGGUGGGCAGUGAGGCAGAGGAGGGUGAUGGGCUCGUGGCUGUUGCGGCGGGAAGCGGAUUGUCAGAGGAGAGUGUGGGUGGUGGAGGGGGAGAGGCGUCAGAGGAGGCUGUGGGUGUGCAGGCAGCAGGGAAGCAGGCUGUGAGUGGUGGAAAGGGCGAGGCAUCAGAGGAAGAUUAUGAGGGCGAGGCAUCAGAGGAAGAUAAUGAGGGCGAGGCAUCAGAGGAAGAUUAUGAGGGCGAGGCAUCAGAGGAAGAUUAUGAGGGCGAGGCAUCAGAGGAAGAUUAUGAGGGCGAGGCAUCAGAGGAAGAUUAUGAGGGCGAGGCAUCAGAGGAAGAUUAUGAGGGCGAGGCAUCAGAGGAAGAUUAUGAGGGCGAGGCAUCAGAGGAAGAUUAUGAGGGCGAGGCAUCAGAGGAAGAUUAUGAGGGCGAGGCAUCAGAGGAAGAUUAUGAGGGCGAGGCAUCAGAGGAAGAUUAUGAGGGCGAGGCAUCAGAGGGAGAUUAUGAGGGCGAGGCAUCAGAGGAAGAUUAUGAGGGCGAGGCAUCAGAGGAAGAUUAUGAGGGCGAGGCAUCAGAGGAAGAUUAUGAGGGCGAGGCAUCAGAGGAAGAUUAUGAGGGCGAGGCAUCAGAGGAAGAUUAUGAGGGCGAGGGUGGGCGGGUGGUGGUGGGGCAGUCGGUGUGCAUGAGUGAUGGCAUGGUGGAGGGGGUGGAAGGAGUGGAGGGGGUGGAAGGAGUGGAGGGGGUGGAAGGAGUGGAGGGGGUGGAAGGAGUGGAGGGGGUGGAAGGAGUGGAGGGAGACAGGCCAGUGGGGGGGGAUGCGGGAGACGAGAGGGAGGGAGGAAGAGUGGAAGAAGCGAGGGUAGGGAAUGGAGAGGGGGAGGAAGUGGGAGGAGCAGAGGUGAAGGGGGAGUGGGAGGAAGGGCGGGGAAGCAGAGGAGGGCAGGAGGGAGAGGUGACGGUGACUGUGGGGGCUGCAGUUGUGGAAGCAGCUGUAGCAGAGACGGCUGUAGCAGAGGCAUCACCAGAGGGGGAUUUACGUGAGGAGAUGGUCAGACAGGCGGGGGGAGAAGAGGCAGAGGUGGUGGAUGGCACUGCAACGAAGGUGACUGCAGCACAGGCUGUAGGGAAUGCGGUUGCUGCAGGGAGUGAUGCUGCACCUGAGGAGACUAUAGAACAUGCGGUGGGGGGAGAGGCAGAGGUGGUGGUGGAUGGCACUACAGCGAAUGUGACUGCAGCAGAGGCUGUGGGGAGCGAGGUUGCUGCAGGGAGAGAUGGUGUUGCAUGGGACGGGGAGGGUGACAGGAUACGCAACAGAGCAGGCGACAGGUUAGACCUGAGGCUCGGCAAACAGGUCGGUGACAGGCUCGGCAACAGGUUUGGCGACAGGUUCGGCUACAGGGUUAGCGGCGACAGGAUCGGCGACUAUGUGCAGAGCACUUACUGGGGCGUGGUGUGGGAGCCUGAAAGUGGCGCCGAGGGAGGGGAGAUGCGGGCAGGAGGCGCUGGGAGGCGGGGGGGAAGGGGGGGAGGGCGGGGGGCAGGUGGGGAGCAGACGAGGGUGGGGGAGAGAGUGCGGAGUGCACUGGAGGAAUUAGAGAGGGCGGAGGAGGGGGAGCUGGCGGAGAGAUGGGCGCAGCUGGCGCAGGGGGAGGGGGGAAUCGGCGGGGAGAGGGGAGGGGAGAGGGGAGUGGGAGGGGAGAGGGGAGGGGAGAGGGGCGGGGAGAGGGGCGGGGAGAGGGGGGGAGUGUGGGGGAAGAGGCAGGGGGCGCCACAGAGAGUGGAGGUGACGUGGGAGCUCAUGGGGGAGAAGCGGGCGCGGCUGCGAGGGGAUCGAGAGCGGUUGAGCCCGGUGAUGGGGGGUGCUAGGGGAGUGGUUGGUGAGGGGAGUGAGGGGGUGGAAGAGGCGGGGAUGGGGGAGUUGGAGCGGGAGGGGAAACGGGAAGGGGAGGGGAUGGGGAGUGAGGUGGUGUGGAAGAGGGUGAAUCCAGAAGAGGCUUGGCUGUUCGUUCAAGAGCAAAUGGCGGAUCCCGCCGCCCCGCCGCCCCCUCCUGCUGCAUGGGCGCGUGUUCUGUCUGCCCUGCGCGACCCCGGGCAGUACGGGCAGCUGAAAGAAGUUUACGGACUGAUGCUGAGUGCUUUGGAGCGAGAGGGGGAUCAAAUGCGCAGGCAGGAAGGGCAGGAAGGGCAGGAGGAGGGUCACAUGCGCAGGCAGGAAGGGCUGGAAGGAGGGGAGGAGCUGAGUGGGGGCGAGCAAGGGAGGGAGGAGCUGCAAGGGGGGCGGAGGAUGAGUCGUCGCACCGGUGCUGGUGAUGAGAGCGGUGGCAGUAUGGAACGUGACACUAGCGAGGGUGACAAUAGAGGGAGGGGCAUUGCUGGAGGUGAUAGUAGUGGCAGUGAGGGUGAUAGUAACGAGGGUGCUACAGUGUUCACAGGAGGGUAUGUGAGUCCGUUCAAUCUGGUGCUGAUGUCAGCAUGCAAGCAGGGAGCAGCUGAUGACGUGGCAGCCGUGUUUGGCGACAUGCUCAGAUAUAAUGUUGUGCCAUCAUGGAGGUCGCUACUCUUUGUGCUCAAGGGCGCAUGUGGCCCCAACCGGCCCUUCCCCUCCUCCGCCUCCCUCGUUGCCUUUGUUGCCUCUAAGGCCACUCACCCACCACUGGAGCCACCGGCUUCUCUAGUACCGGCGACAGCUGGCAUGGCGACAGCUGGGAUGGCGACAGCUGGCAUGGCGACGGCUGGCAUGGCGACGGCUGGCACGGUUACAUCUGAUGUUCUGCAGCACCAGGUUCUGCAGCACCAGAUUCUGCAGCACCAGGUUCUGCAGCACCAGGUUCUGCAGCACCAGCUGUCCAUUCAGGUGCUUCGCCCAGAUGAGAGACACGAGGAGCAGAAGUGGGAGGGAGGCUCAGUGGCCGUGCUAGGCUCGUCGGAGGCUCGGGAGGAGCUGGCGGGUCGGAUGGAAGCACUUUUAGAGGCCAGUGCUGCUGCCCGGCAGGCUGCCUGGGAAGAAAAAACUGCCCGACGGGCAGCUGAACAAGCAGAAUGGUUGCGGUUGGAGGCAGAGUGGAGGGAGGCGAGGGAGAGGGAGAGAGGGGUGGCGGUGGAACGGUGGGUGAGGGGGAGGGGGAGGGUGAAGAGCGUCAAUGAGGCGUGGACUCAAGUGGUGGUGCGAGAGACGGGUGUGGAAGAGGCUGUUGAAGGGGAACGGAAAAGGGGGAUUGUGGUGGGUGAAGGGGGGGGAGAAGGAGGGUUUGGAGGGGAUGAAGAGGGAAGAGUGAGGGGGAUGGCGAGGGGCGGUUUGGGGGACAGGCCUGAAUUAGGCAGACGGGGGGGGGGAAGAAGAGGGGAUAGGAAGGAAGAGGAGGCAGAGGAGGGGGAAGCGAAAGGUGCAAUGGGGGAGGGGGGUGCUUUGGGCACAAUAGGCGUGGGGGCAACAGGCGUGGGGGCAACGGGCGUGGGGACAACGGGCGUGGGGACAACGGGCGUGUGGGAGCAAGAACAGGGGGUGGGGGAGCAGAGGGAGCAGAUGAGGCAGAGGGAGGAAAGGGAGGCGCUUGCAGUGGGGGUGGGGGAGCAUGUCAGGAUGGUUGAGGACGGGUGGUUGCAUGCCGGUGACAUGGCUGUGGUGGUGCUGCUGGCUCAUGCAAGACGCGGGCUCCGAGACGAGGCCGCCUCUCUCCUCCACUGCCUCUCCCGUGCCAACAUCCCUGUAUCGGGCGGCGCACUGCUGGACGUUCUGCGGGCGGCAGCAGCACACGGGCAGGCGGACUUCUUUGUCUUCUUGCUGCGGGAGUGGGUAGCGGCGGAUGUGACUGCAUUGGGGGGGGCGCGGGCGCUAGAGGAGGUGCUGCAGCUGCUGCUGAGAUGCAGACGGCCCCACCAGGCCGUGUCUUGGUUCCGGCGGUGCCUGGGUGCUUACCCACACAACCCCCCCUCGCCAGCAGCGGUGCGGGUGCUGCUGCAUGCGCUGCAGAGGCGAAGCAUGUGGCACGAAAUGCUGGACGUGUUCGGGUGCCUGCAGGAAUACCCCGGUUAUCAUGACAAGGUCAACUACACCACGGUCAUCCGCACGCUCCUGCACUGCCGGCAGCCCAAGCUCGCGCUCACCCUCUUCCGAGACAUGCUAACAGCAGGAGUGCUCCACUGCGACCACCACGGCCGGGUGUUGUCAGCCCGUGAAAACGACGUCACCGAUGUGAAGCUGCUGCAGGCUGUGAGGCAUGCGGCUCUCCUGGUUGGCGAUAGGGAGGUGCUUGGCAUGCUGCCUGGUGCUGCCGGGGCUGCUCGCAGCAAGAGUAGGGGCGAGAGGUUCAGACCAGCACCUCGUGGGGCGAGGGAUGAGAAAGGCGCUUCUUUUAUGCCGAGCCCAGAGAAUCAAAGCCUGUGA